AGGUCUUAUUGUGAAAGUUGUAACAGAAGAAGUCAUACGACGGAAUCUGCAAAAUAAUGUUGAAAUUCACGAUCAUUGCUAUCUUAACCUUUGCAAAUGCAGCCACGGCAUCAACGGAAGAAGAUUCGAAAGAUCCAUUGCUAUUCAUAAUUUUAGCAGCAAAAAAUCGGGCAUUUGAUCAAGUACAAUCGAUUAAAAUGCUAGCAGCAACUAACGUUGACAAAUUUAUUCCACGUGUGAAUGAGAUGGUGGAAAAGGCUCGAUCUGAUAUGGAAACUUUGAAGAAAGAACAUAUCAGCGCAAAUGAUGCCUCCUGCAAUAAUGCAAAAACCAAUAUAGAUGAUGCUGCUUUAAAGACCAUUGCACACUUUAAAUCCUGUGUCGAAAAAGUAACCGACGCUGUGGAUACAGACAUGAAUUCCUUAGCCUUUGAGGGAAGUCUCCUAACGAAAGAAAUUCAUGACACUAAGACUGUUAACGACGAAUUACGUCGUAAAGUUGCUGAUUUCGACGAAAAAUCUUUCCAAUUUGCUAAGUAUCUGUCAAAAUUGGAAAAAUGUGAAACUCAGUCAAAUUUACCACGACUCAAACGGCAAAUUUCUGAAAUUUUAACCAGCUAUAAACGAUGCCUUCAGGAAAAAUGAACACAUUUCACUAAACAUAUAAAUAUAAUAGAAGAAAUAGUCUAACGCAAAAUUUGUAUUUACACUAACAAUAAGAUAACUUGAUUAUA